AUGAUCGAAGAGGAGAGUCGCACCUCGAUAUCCUGCAGCGUCCUCGAUAUCGAGCGCGCGAUGGCGUCGUUCGCUGACGGGGUCGAUGCCCUGGACGGCCUCAUCGAGGAAGCACUGUCGUCAGCAGAUGGGCUUGUCGGAAUGGUAGAUGUGAUCCUCGAGAAGUUAAUUUCUAUUGGUAUGGCUGCGUGGCUGUAUCUAAAACCUCACCAAGUAGGCAUCCACCCUUCAAACAGAUAUGGAUUGGGCAUCAAGGCUUACGAGGUGCACAGGCUGGGGGCUAAGAUCGUGAGGAACAAAUUCAGUUUCGCGGCAACGGCUGGUUCAGUUUGCAUCGAAGAUAAGAAUGGCACGAUUGCGCAGUAUACCCAGGAGUUUCAGAGAUCGUCGAAUCUGUUUGGCAAAUCCCCGCCCGAAUCGAUUAUCGCAGGGAGCGUGAGCUCUGGGCAUGCAAUUCAGUUCCUGGUGGCUUGCUUAGAGAGAAUUGAGACGAAGGAGAAAACGUUGUCCGACAUCGACGGUCGCAUCAACACGGGGCAGUUCCAAAGCAAAGAUAAACGAGUGGAAAAGGCACUUGACACUGGGCUGAGGUGGUUGAUGGUGAAAAAGGAGGCAGAGGAACGCUGGCCAAAACUUCCAGGUUUGAUCCAGUCGGCAAAGCAGGCGACGGGCCAGGUGCAGAGUGAAGAAACGCAUUUCGAGCUCUUGCUUCACAUCCAGGCCAUUGCAUCCGAGCAGGGGCGCGACGGGUCCGUAAUCGACUGGGCGAGGGUGAAGACCGAGGCGAGCAAAUCGGAAUCGAAGUACGUUGACGAUAUCGACGCAUGCGCUGACUUCGUGGCGAAAUAUGGUGGGGGGUCCCAGGGCCAGUUCAUCAAGGACCUCGUGCAGUUCGUGUCAAGGUGCGCGCCCGCUGGGCGCCUGGUGGGCGGGUACGUGUUCGAGACAUUGUGCAAGGCAAAGCUCGCGGCGACGGAGAUGAUGCCCCACCUGGUAAUGGCCGUCGUCAAGGCUCACGUGAACGGCCCCCCCGAGUCCGCGCAGAGUCGAAUGUGCAGGUUUGUGACCCGCUCAGAGAUCGCGCCCCUCUUCGCUAGCACGGAGGCGAGGUCUAAAGCGAUGGCAGCAGAGAAGACCUUGCGGCAUCUUCACAGCGUUUCCAGGCAGAUCGAUAUCGAUACGAUUGAACGCAUUCCGAUCAUAGGUAAGGCCGACCAAUUGAUAGCAAUGGUGUUGUUAGGGAAAAAGUUGGAUGAGCGAUACGCAAACAUCGAGUGCGUCGCUCACGAGUGCAUCGAGGCAUUGAAGGCAAAACAAAAUGGUACCAUCGAGAUCGACAACCCGUAUACCUGCCAGUCGGCCCAGCACGACAGCGGUGCCGAUGGGGACUCCGUCAAGCAGACCCCCUUCAGUGGCAUGCUGCAGUACGACGCCAGCACGGGGGAGCUGGCGAACGCUAACAUCUGCCUCUUGGAGCAGAGAGGGUUUAAGGUUGAUGACACCAUCAGGCUGAGGAAGGACGAUGAAGGUGCAAUGGCGCGGCCGAACUACGGGUGGUUUGCCAGUUUCAGUGGUUCCCCCCUAACUCCCUCAGACACCUUGGACCCUCCACCCCUCUACGCCACAUAA